GACUUACAGUAAGACCGAGCACAUCACACAUCGAACAAUUACAUUAACAGACAUAUUUGACGCCUUUAAAAGAGGCUAAAGUGGUAUUUUAGGUCAUUUUUACAUCUGUAAAGCCAAUAUGAAAAUGUAAACAGGUUAAUGGUGGCACCCAGAAGCCUGACGGAACAAACUGAGGGUUAAAUAUUCUCUCCGCAUCACAGCGAGCAGGAAGGAAAUAAAAUGCCUUUUUCGUGCCAUCAUCAAGUAAUUCAAGCUAACUGUCGUGUCUUAGUUUCUUUUUGACAACAUCUGUGUUUUUUCGGAGUGGACCUACCCGUGAAACGGUCACACCACCACGGCUGUCUUCGUUUGGCACCGGGCGGGCGGCUGGAGCCCGUAGAAGACGUCCCGUUUCUUCUUCCAACGGAAAAAGCUAAAGUUAGUCCAUGUUAGCUCAAUGCUAACGGUUUUAUAUAGUGUCUAUUGGGGGGUUACCGCAAUUCAAAGUUACCAGCUGAGCUGAGGGCAACAAGGUCAGCUUUGACUAAAUGUGUGGUGAUGGUUCAGGAUGUUUGUUAAUUAAUGUUAAUGAAGAUUGUCAGCUAAUGUAAUGUUAAAGAAAUACAGAGGAAGAAAACCGAAAGAACCGUCACCAACACUGUUUUAAAGUACGGAGAUGUUUACCUAACUCUUAACAUAAAGUCUGAUUAAUAACAUGAUUAUUGUUCAUUUAGACCAAAACACAUGUCUGUGACUGAAGACUAGAACUAAUUUAAGCCUGUUUAAUUCUAUUUUAGGAACUGACAUGAUGAAUGUUCACGAAGAAUCAGAUUAAACAACCAAUUCAGAGAAAACAAAAGUAAAAGCUGUUCUCAUAUAGGAGAGACAAUUCUUGAGUAUUAUCAAAAGCUAACACUAACUAUACUUGAUAAUAUUAUUAUCAUUAAUAAUAAUAACUUUAUUUUUAUAGCACUUUUAAAAACAGACGUUUACAAAGUGCUUUGACAUAGGGGAGAGUGGGGUAAGUUGAGCCACCCCCUGUUGCUUGGAAAUGGUAAAAGAAAUUGAUCAUGUGACCAAAUAUUUAGGAGAUGUGAAGGUUAAAAGCACAUGGGUGAAGGGGUUGGACAUUUAUUUACAAAAAAAACCAAAACAUUUUUCACUCUUGAAAUGGUCAACUGAAUGGUCAACUUACCCCAUGUGGGGUAAGUUGACCAUAGGAGACCACUUUUUUUUGGCAUGGUAUUUAUCAAGACAGUUAUGUUUACACUCAUUCUGUUGGUUUGCAGGGAUGAACAACAUCUUGAAAUAUAUGCAGAUAGACUAGUUAGAGACACAACUAUUAUUGCCUUGAUGUAGUGAUCCGAAAUAUGAAAAAUGACUCAUCUUACCCCACUCUCCCCUAUAGUCAUAAAGCACAUGGAAAAAGACAGAUAAAAACAAAAGCUCAGUUAAAACGGAAUUGAAAGCCAUUUUCAUAAGUCAUAAGUAACCCAGACAAUACAAGAACCAUAGAUUCAACAUAAUAUAAGACCAUGAGGACCAAAAUAAAAACAUAAAAUAGUUAAGAAAAAGAAAAUGCAAUUAAAAGGGGGGUUGAAAGUGGAAAACAGGAUAGUAAAACUAAAAGACAACAUGAAUAAUGAUAAUAGAAUAAUAACAAGUCUUUGUCUACUUUGUCUACAGGUCUUCGUAAACUAUGGCAGAUGAAAAUACUCAGUUCUGUGGGAACUGGUAAGUUGGACGAUCGUGAAAUCGGCAGCCAGUCAAGCCUACAUGGUUAUAACACCAGGUUCUCAUAUAAGGUUAUUUUCUUUUUUAGCAAACACGAUAUCCCAGAGGCUAAUUUCACCACCCACGAGAUCCACUGUAGAAGAAACAUCGCGCUGUGUGAUGUCUGCCAGGAACCGGUGCCCAGGUCAGAUCUUCAGGAGCACAAACAACAGGAACACACACAGGUACUGUCAGAGCACAUCAGUGUUAGAUCCAGCAUUAGGUGUUAAUGCAGUUUUUCAAGAACAGGUCUCAUACUGAAAAUGUUAAAAUAGGCGAUUUCUUCUGAGCCCCAUCAGUAUGUGUGAACAGCGUCCUAUUUAUUACAAACACAGAAGCCAGAAUACUGUUAAAAUGAAUUAUAAUCACUCGUCUUCAUUAAGUAUCACUCUUGCAGAAGUUACACUGGAACAUAUAAGCGGGUGUGAAAAACACAAGCUCUGUGGAUAUAUUUUUAACCAUCACUGGACUCUUUCAUUGUGCUUUGGUGCUAAUUGACGAAGCAAUUUAGUUUUAGAGAUAUAGCUAAAGCUGUAAUAUACACAGACAAGGCUCUGGUCACAUAAAAUCUACUUUCAGGCUUCCAAACUAUAACUUUUGUUGACAUAAUUAUACAGGUAAUUAUUGUUCGCGAGAUGUAUUGAACUGAAGACAUACUGGGUGGUAGUGGUAAACUAGAGUGUGUUAAAUUAUAAGUAUUAUAAGGUGUUCCAUAUAUAUCUUGUCCAUUUAAUAACAAACAUGGGGGAAGCAGAAUACUUCGAACACCUUUCAAUAUGUUGAACCUCCAACUCCCACUACAACCUUCAUAAUCAAUGUAACGUUCAGUAAUCAAAAGAAGGAAAUGUUGAUGCUUUGUCGUUAUGCGUAUGUCUCAUAUUGACUAUGAAGUAGGUCGAGCAACCUCUGUUCAUGGAAAACUGUGUCAGAGUUGCCACAGUUUUCACCCACUUAUGUUUUCAAAUUCUCACCUCGAUAAAUCAAUAACAAAAAAGUCAUAUUAACCUGAAACUGUGGGCUGCAACUUCAAACCAUUUUUAACUUUCAUUACAGAUUACAUGCAAGUGCGGCUUGAAGAUUGAAAAGAAUAAUUUUGAAGUUCACCAGGUAUGUCUUUAACCCCUCACAUUUCUUUGAUUUAAUCACCUUGAUGUAAUCUUACAAUUGCUGCAAAUCGUUUCUUCCUCUCCUUCAGAGCUCUGAAUGCUCUCAGCGGCUGGUCCCAUGCCAAUACUGUGAACUGGAGAUAGUUUUCAGUCAAUCCAAAGAACAUGAAGAUUACUGCGGCACUCGCACUGAGCUCUGUUCACACUGCAAGUGCAACGUCAUGUUACGGGAACAAGCUGUUCAUCCUGUCCUGUGUGGAAGCCUUACACCACCCCAAGAGAGAAACAACAGUCGGACUUCUCGCAGUCCUGGGGAACCACAGUCCCCUGGGCCAUGGUUUGAAGCCCACUCCAUCCGAAACCUCCUGAGAGCCCAAGAGAGAGGCCCAAAGAAUAACAACAUCAGUGCAGCAGAACAACAGGCUUUUUCCCGGCCCUUUGAAUCCAGAGUUUAUAACACCUCAAGAGGACCUCAGGGUUCAGGAGGGUGGAAGAAUACCGCCCCGAGACAUGCAUUCAGCAACUGUGAGUUUACUGUUUGCAGUUUAGUGUUUUUCACUUAAGAGAAGUGAUUUGAUAGGCAGUUGAAAUAUACUCUGUGGUACAUCAUCUGUAAACAAACAUCAUUUUACUUCUGUAAAUGAAACACACAGCUAGUCCAAGUUCUUACUCUGUCAUACUGAUUUAAAUGAUGACUCUGUUAGUGUAAAUUCUUAGGCUGAAACAUACAGGAUGCGUAUUUGGAGCGUGGCAGCAGCAUUGUGUAUCACACAGCAAAUAGGUUGCCAUUCUAAUCAGUGCAGGAAAGCAUACAGGACGCGUAUCAGCUCCGUCGCAGCAUCGUAUUGAGAGCAGCACUGCUAAAGAUACACGUCAAGUGUUUUUUUGCUGCUCUACACUUCCAGUGCUUGUCAAUCCACACAGAGAAGAUCGUUCUGGACAGGAAGUCAAGCACGAAAACCGGGCAUGUCAUCCGGUAUUUCAAAAUAAAACACCAUAUGCUGACCCCUGACUGUGUCAGUUUGUGUAGAUGAGAAAUACUUCCUGGUAACACAGAACAGUCUGAUGGUCAAUCCCUGAUCCAUGUGGACCCCAACAGGACUUUGAACUGCUAACUCUGUCUGAAGGUAACGGCAUAAAGGAACAUAGUUUACUUUAUUAAACACGAGUAAACCUGCAAAAACCGAAACUGUAAAAUCACAUUGUUUUUAACAUACAGUAACAGGCUCAACAGUCACUGAAUUAUAUCAAAAUUAGCAGGAAAUAGACCACAGGAAGGGGAAAACAACCUGUUGUGAGCGUGUUGUCUCCUCUAUACUGAGCCCAGCUGACUGGGGCUGCACUGCGCUGCUGCUACGCUCCAAAUACGCAAUACCCAACGCUGCUUUAUGGUGCAAAUACAGAAUGCGCUAUAUACGGAUCCCGUAUGUUUUUCGGCUUUAGCAUACAUUUUUAGCUGCUAUCAGUCCUCUUAGCUGACUUCAGUGGUGUUACACUUCUUUUCACAUUAUUGCCACCAUCUAUAAAUCAUACAAAUCAUUAAAUUAACAGCAAGAGUGCAUAUAAUCAAUGAAUUAUAAAUUGCAGGUCACUCUGAAUCUCUCACAAGCAAAAAGAUAACUCAGUUUCUUCUUUGCAGUGCUGGAUCAAAGUGAUUUUCUGACGAGCAGCAGCAGUAGUACAUGGCCACACAGUGAGUUCACAGCAGAUGAAGAUUCAUCAGGCCUGGACUACAUGUUGGCUCUGAGCCUGCAGAGUGAUGGAGACUCAGUAGCAGGAGGCAUGGAGGGCAAUCUGUGGAGUGGUAUCUGGGACGACAAGAUCGGAAAGACGUCCAACCUAAACUCUUCGCUCAUGCCGCCCAACAACAACUAUCCCAACUUCUCUACAGACAUAAGCACAACUGCACUCCAGGACCAUGACCAGACAGGUACAUCAGUGCUGUUUUAACAUUAAAAGUUGUUCUGGUACAGUUUUGUUUAUCUCCCUCACACUGUUUCUACAGAUACCAUGCUGCCUUGUGAGUUUUGCGAGGAGCUGUUUCCAGAGGAAGACCUAAUUUUGCAUCAGGUAACAGGAGUUUAUUCACUUGGCUACACUGUUGCUCAGCAGAUUUGACCUUUGAUUAGAGUUGCUACUACACCAAACUGAGUGCUUAACCCUUAGUGGUACUAUGAAGACAAACAUUUGUGAAAACUGCAACUCUGCAGAAAAUAAUAAUCCCAAAAGUUUUAAAGUAGACUAAAAUAAAUGCUGGAUGAUCAUCUCAAGUGUACGAAAAACAGGGAAAGUGUGUUUGUAUGAAAUGAUUGAGCCAUCAUCUGGCGAACAGUUUUAGCCCCAUAUUACAAUUGUGAAUUCAAGAGCCAGGCAUCAACUUCACACUGACAUGAUAACCUGAUGAUAGCUUUUUCUUGAGAAAUUCCUGUCCAAAUUAAAGUAACACAUCUACAGUGUUGGUGGUACAAAUGACCAUUUUGGAAAUCUCCACUUAAAACAUGUGACCUGAGGAAAACAGGACAGACCAGUUGAUCAUAUCCACUGAUCAUGAGACGCAUAUAACAAGAGCAAAUACUUUGACAAGCUCCUGACUGACAGAUGUAACCGACACACUCUGGUAUUUACUUUGCUCUGAUGACUCCAGCACAUCUGUGGUGUCCUCUAAUUAUUCGGGCCCAGGUUCCCCUUGCUUCUCUGCGUCCUCCAUCUUGACCUAGUAGAGAUAUUAUUGUUUAAAGUCGAAUGAACACAACUUCUUACUGCUGUCCUUCUUGUCUUUGUUCCAGACGGGAUGCAGUCCCGCCUCUGCCUUUGCAUCUUUCAGUAAGCAUCCUGUGACUCCACCGAAAGAGGACAGGAUGAGCAGGAACACUGCAGGGCUGAUGCACAGCAUUCCUGACACACUCGCUUCAAACAUCCCCACCUUCCCUCGCUCAGUCUCUCCGGCCUCUUACAGUCCCCCUGCCAGUCCUCUAGAGGGCGAUGUGGUUAUUCCCUGUGAAUUCUGCGGGGUAGCUCUGGAGGAGGCUGUUGUUUUUCACCAUCAGGUAAGGCACGAUACUGCUGAAUGCACAGAAAGUGUUGUGUCUGUAAAUAGAUAUGAAACAAUAAUUAAAUCUUCUUUUGUGUUUUGUUUCUUCAGGAUAAAUGUGAUAUGCGUCCUCAAACUUCCCAUCCACUGAACAACGUCACUAAAGUGUCUCACAAAAAAACACUAAAUCCUAAAGACAGCUUCGGCCAAUUAUCUCCAGAUUUUUCAAGGAGAUUAAAACAUCAAGGUAGUAUGCAAAAAUUAUUUCACUCUAGAAAAAACAGAUUCAGAUGAGCUAAAAGAAGAACAUUUAUGCAGCAGAUAAAUGACAGUUUAAUGUGAGAAGCAUGUUUGCCAUAAAAGGCAGUGAACAGUGUCCUCCCACUCUAAGACUCCAGUGUUUUUUAUCUGUUAGGAAGUUGGUUUUUAUUUUUCUGUUUCAAGUUGUUUAUUCAACUGUGGUCAGUGGUUUUGCAUGAGUUUCAGAGGUCGAAUUUUGACAUUUAAAAAACAUGUAUAUCAUGGACAAAAUAGGAUCUUUGUGUGUUUCUUUACACAUGUUUUGCGUCUGAUUUCCCAGUUGACUUCUCAGAGGGGAACUUUGGAUUUGACAGAGACUCUCCACCUGAACCAAACUUAAGGGAGUGGCCGAGAGGCUACAUCGGACUACCGAGUCAAAGAAACACAUCCAGCUGCGAUGCCUCACUCAGAGACAGACCUCAGCACGGGCGGGAGGCUGAUGGGGCUCAGUCCUCGAUCUGUGACACAGAGAGGUCUGGAUCUGCACCUUUAAAGGGGUAAAAUAAAAGACUAAGAUUUUUCUGAAAGGCUUUAAGUUUGCUUUCACUUUAUUAGACCGAUUUAAAACAUCCUCCUCUCAGUAUUCUCAUUUUACUUGUUGCUCAUUCACCAGACUCCACCUACCAGAAAACAAAGAAGGGAGGAGGAACAUAAGGAAUCCAACGUCGAAGGUAAAUAACAUUUUAACCUUUGACUGUCAUGACCAAUGAUAUGUUGGCAUUCACUGUCUGUAGGGAUGAUGUUAUUGUUAACUGUCAACUUUACAUCCAUCACCAAAUACUUUUGAAUUAUACUUUGGAAUAAAGGCCAAAUAUUUUAGGAGAUCGUCUGCUGGCCAAGUAGUUUGUUGUGUAAAAUGUCAGUCAAGAAUCAAAAUGGCAGUAAAAAUGAAAGAGUUUUGUCUGAUCAUGCUGGAAAAAUAGAAAAACAUGUCAAGUACUCAUAGUGUUUGGUCAUACUGUUACUGUUUUGUGUUUUCUCCAUGCAAACCAGAUUUGAUUUGAAUGUCAGUGAGCGGUCAGUGUGGUUAUAAGAAGUUAGUCAGUGUUUGCUUAUUUAAAGGAAAACACAAAGAAGCUAAAAAAAAGGGGUCUGUAUUGUUGGGCUCCUGAGAAUAAAACAAAAGUGUAUCAUAAUUUUUCACAAUCAGUACAAUAUCUCAACUUCCUGCACAGGAAGUCCACACAGUAUACAAUCCAUACGAGAACAAUCCUUGGAAAAAUAGAGGAAUGAGAGAAUAAACAUUCAGAAAUAAAUAUGAGUUUCUACGCUUGAUGUAAUUGCAAUUUGUAAAGAAAUCUAAAUAUAGCCAUAAAUUUGCAUGUGAAAAAAACUGGGUAAAAAUGGGACGACUGUUAGAGCUUCUGUAAAAUUUAAGAUGCUUGAUCCUGUAAGACCACAUCAGGGAAUGUAUUUCAGUAACGAUUUCUUUCUGUUUUCAGUUGCUCAAGAAGCAGAACGAAGAGCAACAGGAAGACUGAGAGAAUCUGGAGAAAUAGAAACCAAAUCUCCCUCUCUGCUUCUUCUCAUGUAUCUUUUUUGCACACUAUUGAAAAUCAAACAUAUACCUAUCUUAUAAGUGCCUGUGUAUUGGUAUCUCGCAGUUUAUAUUUGGAUGAAUUUUACCAUUGAACUCUACAAUAAGCAAGUAAUUUGAGUCAUUCAUGCAUAGUAAGCUCUAUUUGAAGAUAUGUUUCAGAUGAUUGUAUGUCUAACAUAUUAGCCUUAACAUAUAAAUUAUAAAAUGGAAUUUAUUUACGCUGAUUAUGAUUUUAUGUUUUUUUUCUACUUAAUACUUACUUAUCACAGAGAACCGUGCAAACUUAGAACCUGGAAACACAAUUUUUUUUGGUGCACCUGUCUGAAAGACUCUUUUCCUUGUUAUUCCAGCUGAAGACAUUUGUUUUGUUUUGUUUCCUGUGUGAUUGUUCAGGUUCUCCGGUGUUCCUGUUGGUUUCUGAAUCUUCAUGUAACCUGAAGCACUUUGAUAAAAAGUAUUUUCUUAAAAAGGGCUUGAGGAACAGAUUUAAUAAAUGUAUGCACCAUUGACCAAGAAAAAAAAAACACUUUUAUGGGACGUUAGUCUUUUUAUACAUUUGUCAUUAAUACUCUUGGAUAAUACCUUGUUUUUUAAUCAUAACUGUAGAAGUAUAUAAGUGUUGUGAUGGCUUUUGAAGCAGUAUCUCCUGUCUGUUUUUUCUUUUACGUAGUUUUAAAAUGUUGUAAGUUGCUCCUUCUAUUACAGUUGGUGAAAUGUACUUUGUAUGUAACAUAGAGUCCUCUUAGAAAGUACACGACAACUAGGCAAAGUUAUGCCACUGAAGGUUUAGGACUGGCAAAGUUUUCUUGAGGCUAAAGGGGAGCACCAGAGUGUGUUAAUGGUUUGACUCUUAUCAGUAACCUAAAAUACACAUGGAGGGAAAUCAGCUGGUGUGGUGUUAGGUGGUGUUCGCAGCACUCUUCUGGUUAUUCCUGUUUGAGAACAACUGUCUCUUUGGUCACGUGUUGGUAUUAAAUGUUUAAUGAGAACAUU